AAUACUUAAAAAGCUCCGAAAAUCCGUCCUAAUAUAAGAGAGAACCAAGUAACCAACCACUAAAUAAAAUGUCGAACUGGGCUCAUUGAAGUGUGUUACUUUUAAUGUCCGAAACAGAGCAUAUUGGUGAAGAGGUUGGUUUUUCGGUGAGCUGGACUCUAUCUGCAUUUCUGCCCUGCCUUCUUUAUUUUUCACAACCUUCCACCACAUGGUCCUCUCCCACUUUCAUGAACUUCACUCUUCCAGUCAUUACUACUAUCUUAUAUUACCCCCUCUCUCUGUCUCUGUCUCUCUCUCUCUCUCUCCCUCUCUCUCUAGAAAUGUGGGAUCACUCCGAGACACCAUGACCUCCAAAACCUCUGAUCUCCAUUCAAGGUGGACACUCUUCAUUGCUCUCUUUGCUCAUCUCUUGGUUCAUUCUCAAGGCCUAAACAGCGAUGGAAGCCUCUUGCUCUCUUUCAAAAACUCUGUUCUCAGUGACCCACUGGGUUUUCUACACAACUGGCACUCCCAUGACCAAACCCCAUGUUCAUGGACCGGAGUCACCUGUAACACCCCGGGGGUUGCUAAUGCCACCUCCCGUGUAACCAGUCUCUCCCUCCCAAAUGCUCAACUUCUUGCCUCCAUACCACCGAAUCUCGGUUUGAUCCAGCACCUUCGAACCUUAAACCUCUCCAAUAAUUCGAUCAACGGGUCCAUUCCUUCGUCCCUUUUCCAAGCUACGGAGCUCCAAAUUCUUGAUUUGUCUAAUAACUUGAUCUCCGGGGAACUGUCUCAGCUCGUCGGAGGUCUGUUAAGUCUUUUUUUUAUUAACUUGUCAAAUAACGCUCUGGGCGGUACAAUCCCAGAGAGUCUGACAAAUCUUGGUAGUCUAACCGUCGUUUCUCUCAAAAGCAAUUACUUCACUGGGAAUCUUCCCAGCGGGUUCGGUUCCGUUCAAAUUGUAGAUCUGUCUUCAAACCUGAUAAACGGGUCACUCCCCGCGGAUUUCAACGGAAUAAAACUUCAGUACCUCAAUCUUUCGUACAACAGGCUCUCGGGCGAAAUCCCAACGCAAUUCGCCAACCAAAUCCCCACGAACGCGACGAUCGACCUCUCGUUCAACAACCUCUCGGGCGAAAUCCCGGAAAUCAGUCUCUUCCUCAACCAGGACCCGGUAUCUUACUCGGGCAACCCGGAAUUAUGCGGCGGGCCGCUGAAGAACCCGUGCCCGAUUCCUUCCACGAUGUCUACCCAACCGAACGGCUCUACGAUACCUACUCAACCGGACGGAUCGGCGCCGACGUCGACGCCCGCGAUCGCGGCCAUUCCCAAGACCAUAGACUCGAGUCCGGACGCGAAUUCGACGUCCGGAAAGGGGAGCGGGUCGGGGCAGAACAACGGGCUGAGGACGGGGACGGUGGUGGGGAUCGUGGUCGGAGACGUCGCUGGAGUGUUGAUACUGGGUUUGGUUUUCUUGUACGUUUACCAGGUGAAGAAGAGGAAGAGCGGCGUUAAUACAACAAACGCGAAGAGUGCGAAGGUUGGUGGACCGGUUAAGGACUACGACUGGUCGUAUUCGUCGUCGGAUGACGAGGAGUCGAGGAAAGGGAUCAGGGCUCUGGCUUGUUUACGGAAGAAGUCGAAGUCGAAGGCGGAGGAGGAGUCCUCUGAUUCUGUGAACUCCGACGGCGAAAAUGGCGAGAACGGGCAAAAGGGUCACGACCAUCAGGAGAAACAAGAACAGAAGGGAGGGGCGCUAGUGACGGUGGACGGGGAGAAACAGUUGGAGCUAGAGACUCUGCUCAAGGCGUCGGCGUACAUACUGGGUGCGACGGGUUCGAGCAUAAUGUACAAGGCGGUGCUGGAAGACGGGACGACAAUGGCGGUUCGGAGGAUCGGAGAGAGCGGCGUGGAGAGGUUCAAGGAUUUCGAGAACCAGGUCCGAGUCAUUGCCAAAUUGGUUCACCCCAAUUUGGUUCGGAUUCGUGGCUUCUACUGGGCUGCCGAUGAAAAGCUCGUUAUCUACGAUUUCGUCCCCAAUGGCAGCCUCGCCAAUGCUCGUUAUAGAAAAGUGGGCUCCUCGCCUUGCCAUCUUCCAUGGGAGGUGCGGCUCAAGAUAGCAAAAGGCAUAGCUCGGGGGCUAACCUACAUCCACGAGAAGAAACACGUGCAUGGAAAUCUCAAGCCCAGUAAUAUCUUAUUGGGCUCGGAUAUGGAGCCCAAGAUUGGAGAUUUCGGGCUCGAAAGGCUCGUGACGGGCGAGAGCGGUUACAAGCCCGGCGCGUCGGCGCGGAAUUUCGGCAGUAAGCGGUCUACGGCGUCGCGAGAGAGCUUCCACGACCACUCGAUCGGAGCCACCCCAAGCCCAAGCCCGAGUUCAGUGGGCUGCAUUUCACCGUACUAUGCACCGGAAUCGUUGAGGAGCAUUAAGCCCAACUCAAAGUGGGACGUUUACUCCUUUGGGGUUGUGUUGCUCGAGUUGCUCACCGGAAAGGUCAUUGUUUCGGAUGAAUUGGGCCCCGGGCCCGGUGGGCUUAUGGUUGAAGAUAAGACCCAGGUCUUGAAGAUGGCUGACGUGGUAAUUCGGGCUGACUUGGAUGGUAAAGAGGAUGCCUUGUUGUCCCUGUUGAGACUAGGAUUUAAUUGUCUAUCGCCAACCCCACAGAAGAGACCGACAAUGAAAGAAGCCCUACAAGCUCUUGAGAAAUUCCCAUCUUCUUCUUCUUCGUCUUCAUUUUAUUUGGCCAUCUAAUAAUUGAAAAAUGGACCCCAUUGUAGACAAGUAAAAUAUGUCCAUGAUUGACUUGAUGGGCUGUUCAUCUGAGAUAGUGGUUCGUCGUGAUGCUGUUUUGGGGAGGGUUUGUUGUGCAGUUGUCUAAAGUCAUGAUUAUUGAUUAGAUUUUGGUUGUGUGUGUGUGA